AUGGUAUAUUUCUUCCAGGGAGGGAAGAUUCCCCGGGCUGUUAACUCCUCACUAAUUUGCCUCGUUCCCAAAGGGGCUGCUCCUAGGAAAUGGGCUGACUACUGCCCUAUAAGCUUAUGCGAUUGCCUCUAUAAGAUCUUCUCUAUGAUCAUAGCUGUUAGACUCAGCCAGAUCCUCCCCUCUCUGAUCUCCCCAAAAGGUAUGCCGUCGCUGAGAAGGAUUUCAGCCUUGUUGGAUGAGUACCAAAAUGCUUCGGGCCAGUCGCGGAUUCUGCGUCUCAACAGGUCCAGAUUACCCUCUUUGGCCCUUCACUACUUAGGUGACUUCUCUGUUAAAUCUGCCUGGGACGUCAGGAGGGCGAUUGCACCUAAAAAGGACUGGGCUCGUUGGGUAUGGCAUGGGAAUCUUCCGCCAAAAAUCUCCUUGUUUAUCUGGAAAAUCCUCUACAAUGCCAUUCCUAUGGAGAAAACAGUUCAAUCAAGGGGAGUCUCUCUAGCUUCUAAGUGCGGCUGUUGUAGGGAUGACUUUGACCAGGGCCCAGCCGAAGAGUCCGUGUCUCAUCUCUUCCUGUUCGGUCAACAAGCCUCAUCAGUCUGGGAAUUUUUUGGUGUGCAGGCUGGGAUUUCCAUCAUGCACGCGUCAACGGUGGAAGCAAGGAUUAGGCAGUGGAGGCGAGCCUGCGCAGACAGAAGCGGUACGUCGGUUACCAUGCUUCUCACACUAGCAUUCAUUCUUUGGGAGAUGUGGAAAUCCAGGAACGGGGCCGUUUAUGAUGGAAAAGCUAUGACGAUUCAACCAGUGAUUGCUAAAGUCUCUUGGUGGCUGAACACCACCAACUCUGCUGACAUCAAAAGGAGGUCUAUGCGGCUGCAUCCUUUGCAUUAG